CAGAGAUCAUCAUCACUUCACUUCACUUCAACUUAGGAAGUCGGUGGGACACCAUUAAUUUCCCCACUUUCCGAUGUAGUUAUAGUACGACAAUCUUUACUCUUCAAUCGACGCUUUUAAUAUAAUCAGAAAAUACGUCAUUGUUGUUUCAUCAAAUUUUUACCAUGGAAACUCACCUGAUGAUGGGCUCUUCUUCUCCUGCUCUCUUCACGACUUUCCUGAUUUCUGUUUACUUACUUUGCCACUUUGUGUGUCUUGUGGCGGCGGACUACACCGUCGGAGUGAACUACGGCACCGUUGCCGACAACCUUCCUCGGCCGUAUCAGGUUGCGUCUUUCUUGAAAGACCAAACCACCAUUGACAGAGUUAAGAUCUUUGAUGCUAACCCGGAUAUUAUUACCUCCUUCGCCAACUACAACAUCUCCCUCACCAUCACCGUCCCCAACGGCGACGUUUUAGCCGUCUCCAAUCUUCCCGCCGCCCAAUCAUGGGUUGCCGCCAAUGUUCUUCCUCACUAUCCCCAGACCAAAAUCCGCCGUAUCGCCGUCGGCAACGAAGUUAUUGCCGCCGGCGAUAAGAAUCUCAUCGCCCAUGUAGUUCCGGCGAUGAAAUCCGUUCACGCCGCCUUGAAGCUCGCCGGAAUUACCGACGUUCAGGUCUCGACGCCUCAUUCCAUGGGUAUAAUGGCGAAAUCCGAACCGCCGAGUUCGGGUCGGUUCAGACGCGGGUACGAUAAGGUCAUCUUUGCCCCGAUGUUGGAGUUCCAUCGCCAGACCGCGUCUCCGUUCAUGGUUUGCCCGUAUCCUUAUUUCGGGUUCACGGACAAAACUCUGGAUUACGCGCUGUUCAAGCCGAACGGCGGCGUUUUUGACGAGGCUACCGGGGUUAACUACACCAACAUGUUUGACGCGCAGAUGGACGCGGUUUACUCGGCGAUGAAGAGGCUUGGGUACGGCGACGUGGAUAUCGUGGUUGCGGAAACGGGUUGGCCUUCUGCGGGUGACCCGAAUCAACAGGGCGUCAGCCUGGAGAAUGCGGUUUCAUAUAAUGCGAAUCUCGUGAAGCAUGUCAAUUCGGGUUUGGGUACUCCGUUGAUGCCCAACCGGACCUUUGACACUUUCUUGUUCUCAUUGUUUAAUGAGGACCUCAAGCCCGGAUUGUCCGAACGGAAUUUUGGCUUGUUUCGACCCGAUUUCGCACCCGUCUACGAUGUGGGCAUUCUCCGCAACCAGCAGCAGGUUGUGGCCCCUGCUCCGACGACAAUAACGGCGGCCCCAUCACCGACGGCGGCGGAUAAAGGCCAGAAAACCUGGUGUGUACCAAAGGAUGAUGCUACAGACGCGGCUUUGCAGUCUAACAUAGAUUACGUUUGUGGAUCUGGAGUGGAUUGUAAGCCCAUACAAGAUGGUGGGCCUUGUUUUUUGCCAAAUACGGUUAGAUCUCAUGCAUCUUACGCCAUGAACGCAUAUUAUCAAGCCUAUGGACGUAACGAUUAUAAUUGCGACUUCACUAGUACUGGUGUUAUCACCACAGCUGAUCCUAGUUACCAAGAAUGCACCUAUGUGGCUUAGCUAGGGAGGAGAAGGAGCUGUUCAUUUUCAUGGGAACAUUUGUGAAUUGAUAAUUAACUGGUGUAGCUUACCGCCUAAUAUGAACGAUAAUCUGUCUUUGUUGAGACGAUGAGGAUGUGUUUAUUAUAUGUGAUGAUUUAAUUCUGUUUUCUUUUUCUUGAGUGACUUUGAACUAACAGUUUACACUUUAGACCGUAAAAGUAGUCCUUCUGUAAUCUAUUAAAUUUACUUUGAGGGCCAAGUCAUUAAGUUAGGUUUGGAUAGGCCGGGAAUGUAACGUGGCUCAUCUUCUCAUUUUGGAUUUUGUUUAGUGUUAUUUCGUGCAAG